AUGGCGUGCUGGCACGUGACUCAGAGGAGUGUGUGGACGUUGUCGGAAAAUCCACCAGCCCUGGACAUCAAGGUGGUGCCGGAAAGCCCUCUGGAGAAGAAUGGCUCACGCAGGAACGCACUGGUCUUCUCGACAGCCUACAUUCAUCAAAAUCUUGCAUCCCAGCUGCACCGACUGAGCUGCUCCACACCCGGAGGGGUGAGCGCUGCCGUCAGGGCUCUGGACCUCCCCACAGACCGGCUCCAGCACGAGAGGAGUUUAAAAUCCAAAAGUACUGCAAAAUUCGUCCUCUUGGGCCUCUUCCCUGGUCUGAGGCAGGCCAACUGCCUUGUGUCCGCCGUCCUCCUGAUCUACGCUGUGGCUCUCACUGCAAACUCCAUGCUCAUCCUUCUGAUUUGGGUGGACGCCCACCUCCACACGCCCAUGUACUUCCUGCUCAGCCAGCUGGCUCUCAUGGACCUGACGUUAAUCUCUAGCACUGUACCCAAAAUGGCAACAGACUUCUUUUCAGGAAAGAGAAACAUCUCCCGGGUGGCUUGUGGGACUCAGAUCUUCUUCUUUCUGACGCUAGGAAUUGCUGAGUGCAUCCUGAUUACCCUCAUGGCCUACGACCGGUAUGUGGCCGUCUGCGACCCUCUGAGAUACGCCCUCAUCAUGAGCCCGAAGGUCUGCCUGCAGAUGGCUGCCAUCGCGUGGGCUGGUGGUGCCCUCACCUCCCUUGCGCACACAGCCUAUGCCAUGCACUUCCCCAUCUGUGGCUCCAGAGAGAUUGCGCACUUCCUCUGCGAGGUUAUGGCCAUCCUAAAGCUGGUCUGCGAAGACAUCUCUGCCUACGAGAAGGCUGUGCUGGUGACGAGCACUGUGGUACUCCUCAUCCCGCUGUCCUUCAUCCUGACCUCUUACGCUCUCAUCUUCCUCGCUGUCCACCGCAUAAAUUCCACGCAGGGGAGGAACAAAGCCCUGGCUACCUGCUCCUCCCACCUCAUAGUGGUGAGCCUCUACUUUGGGCCAGCCAUGCUGGUCUACAUGAGGCCUACUUCCUACCACAGACCCACGCUGGAUCAGGUCCUCUUCAUGCUUGGUGCCAUCCUCACCCCUACGAUGAACCCCCUUGUGUACAGUCUAAGGAACAAAGAAGUGAUGUGUGCCCUUAAGAAGGUUCUGGGAGACUGCCUAAGCUCAAGUUAG